CUCCUCCUACGUUGACUAUGGAAACUCAGGAAACUGAUUUCUUCAAAGUGGAUGGUGCUGAUUUGGUGCCCUCUUCAGCGAAUAACUGUGCCCUAGUUUCCUCGCGUGUUAUAUUCUGUGGGUCAUAUUGAUGUUGUUAGUAGAUUUUGUGUAUUUUCGCUGAGUUAUCUGCUCGGACAGAGAGAAGAAUCUCCCUCCUUGACGUGGUGGACGUGGUCAGUUGGCGUGUCCCGACUUGGAGUGACGGCUGAGCAGUCCUAUGAUUCCUCCUAAACAUUUCUGCUCUGGCCCCUUUACUAACUCACUAUACUGCUAACUUUAAGUUAUAUCGUGACCUAUUUACACCUUUGCUGGAAGUAGAAGACGGACGGGGUUGAAGAUGUCUGUAGCGGGCUUCAAGAAGCAGUUUUACAAAGCCAGCCAGAUGGUUAGUGAGAAAGUCGGUGGUGCUGAAGGAACUAAACUCGACGAUGACUUCAGAGACUUGGAACGGAAAGUAGAUGUGACCAGUAAAGCCGUAGUGGAGGUAAUCUCUAAAACAUCAGAGUACCUUCAGCCCAACCCAGCAUCGCGGGCCAAACUGUCCAUGUUGAACACCAUGUCCAAGAUUCGUGGUCAGGUGAAGAACCCAGGCUACCCUCAGGCCGAGGGGCUGCUGGGAGAGUGUAUGGGCAAGUAUGGACGGGAACUCGGAGAGGACACUAACUUUGGUGGAGCAUUAGUAGAUGUAGGAGAAGCCAUGAGGAGAAUGGCAGAAGUCAAAGACUCUCUAGAUAUUGAUGUCAAACAGAACUUCAUUGAUCCAUUGCAAGGGCUGUGUGACAAGGACCUUAGAGAGAUACAGCACCAUCUGAAAAAGCUGGAAGGCCGCCGCUUGGACUACGAUUACAAGAAAAAGCGUCAGGGCAAGAUCCCAGACGAGGAGGUUCGACAGGCCCUGGAGAAGUUUCAUGAGUCAAAGGAAGUGGCUGAGACGAGCAUGUACAACCUGCUGGAGACUGAUAUAGAGCAGGUGAGCCAGCUCUCCUCUCUGGUGGAGUCCCAGCUGCAGUACCACAGACAGGCUGUACAGGUGCUGGAAGAGCUUUCUGAUAAACUCCGAGACAGGAUGAACGAGGCCCAGAAUCGACCAAGACGCGAAUACACACCUAAACCCAAACCUAUCUAUGACUUUGGAGAUGACAACCAUUCAAAUGGCAGUUACCCAACCUCGAUGGCCAUGCCACCGUCACGCAACUCAGCCCCAGAGCAGCCAAGCUGUAAGGCGCUGUACGACUUUGAGCCAGAAAACGAGGGAGAGCUGGGCUUCCGCGAGGGCGACAUCAUUACCCUGACCAAUCAGAUCGACGAGAACUGGUACGAGGGAAUGCUAAACGGCCUGUCCGGAUUCUUCCCUCUUAACUACGUGGAGGUCCUUGUCCCGUUGCCACACUAAUGCAGAGAGCAAGAGAGCAAAGAGGAGACUGAAGGGGAGGAGGAGGAGGAGGAGAGAGCAAGUAGGAUUCAUAGAGAGGGAGGAAGUGAAGCCAAGGGAUGGUCCGCAGAAUAUUCAUUUUCACCUUCAGCUCCAACAACAUUUUCACAGACGAGCACUUUUUGUCAUCAGGAUUUCUGGUCACAUUUCAAAGUCCAGACCAGAGUAUUAACCUGUUCACCCCGAGGUUAAAGGGUUUCAUGGACACAGAAUGCCAGACGACAUUAUCUGGCAGUCAAAAACAUUUCUUGAGGGCUAACUAUUGAUACAUUUCUGAGCAAUAUUUUCUUUAACCAUGAAUCACUGAUAGAGUGAAGACGAUUUGUAUUAAAUCUGGUGAUUUGAACGACUGAAUGACACUUUUAUGUCAGUCUUUUUGUGUGACUGAAGUCUUCAAACUCAGGUUGGUCACUAGUUCAACAGUCAGACUGCAGAGGUCCACACACACCUCCGUAGAUGUCAUUUCAAAACUGAAAAUAUUUCUCUUUGCCCCGUUAGGACUUGAACUCAUAUCCUUAGUGCCUCCUGCUGGCAGAAGUAAUGAUUACAUUUCUAAAAUGGAACUGCACACAACUAGACGCGUGUACUGAAAAAGAAAAACACUGCAAUCACAUUUUAUUGUGAGACAAACAAGACAAAGUUUGUGUUAGUUUUAUGAUGACAGUUUUCAGGUUUGGCCUUUUCUGAUGCCCUUUUUAAAGAUGUGUGUCCAAACUGUGUACGACAGCCUAAGAGAACAAAUGGCCUCAUACAUCAGUUUCCUUUUAUUGUUUCAGUAUUUGAUGUAUGUCAGUCUCAGCCUACUACAGUAGUUUCACACGUUCUUGCUGAAUAUGUGAGAAAGCGUAAUUGCACCUUGGUCCUAUAAUGAGAUUGAUGUAUGUGUUUGGCAGACUUACUCCACCUUUACACACAGACCCAAAGUUAAAUGCAGACGUUGCACCUUCGUGUCCCUUAGCAGGCGUGUUUGUUGUCAAGAGAUGCAGAAUGAUACGUUUUUUAGUGGUCGUCCGUUAGUCUGUUCAAUGUAGGAAACAGAGCCAAAAAGUCUUUAUAAAAUGCAAUAGAGACAUGAUUGUUAUCCUGCUAACUACUCCGUACCACAGCCAUAUUUGACAUCACGUGUUGGGUCUGUUUGUACGAGUAGGUUUUCUUUUUAAAACCCGGUUUUAGGCGCGUGUUAUUAUGCAGUGCCUGAAUAGAUAACGCUGCAGGCAGCGACUCAAUCUCCUCAUCACUAACUGUCCCGCUGUGUCUGUCUGCCCUGUAGUCUCUGAUAAUGUGAAACUCAUCCCUGCUUUGAAACUUCUCCUGACCUUCUAACGAUUCAUAAAGCCUCUUCCUUUUAAUAUAAUCUCUUUAAACAAGGCUGGUUCCUUGUUCUGGAUUUAACCACAGAUGAAGUCUGAUCCAAUAUACACUGUACAGAAUGAGGGAAAGACCUGGAUUGAGAGGGACAGACCUGGAUUGAAAGGGAAAACAUCAAGGGAAAAAUAAAUGUUGGCUUCUUGACUGGAAUUGGAGAACUUUUGUUACCAAACAUGAAUCUUUAUCAAACAGUUACUAUUGCAUUUCCCCUCUCACUAUCUGUGUUUGUCCAACACUUCCCCCACUCCUGAGUUCAGUCCUUGUCUAAUAUGUUUACAUCUGUGAUAUAAUACAUUUCUAUGCUUGUAUCAAGUUCAGGGCUGAGUUCAAGGACUGUCUGGAUCAAAGUGGUUUCUAAAAAGAAGUCCUUGCUAUCUUUGUUGUAGUGCCUUUGGAAAAAAAAAAAGGUUCAUGAACUGAAAUGAAUAAAGCAACCAAAACCUAACCUAGCUACUUAAAAAA